CCCUCCUGCCUCCCUCUCUCCACCCCCGCCUCGGCGGCCCCACCUGACCCUCGCGAGUCGCCCGGCCGCAGCCAUCCGCCCUCCCGCAUCCAGGCCCCGACCUGCCCGCCCUCUCCUGCCAGCGCCUCCAGCUCGGACUCCCAACCCAGCUCCCGGCCCGUAGGAGCCCUUGGGAGCGCCAGCCUCCCUGGCGCGGCAGGGUCCCCCGGCCCGUCGCUCCGCCCCGAGCCGGCCUGUCUUCCUUCUCCGCGGGCGCUUCAGCCCCGGUGCAGCUGCCCACACUUGUUGCUGCCCAGAACUUCCUCCUCCCGCGGCGGCUUCUACCUACGCUCUACCGCUCACGUCAGAGGAAGCGGGGGACAGCAGGUCCCUCGGCCGGCGCCACCUCUCCUCCCCGCCCAAGAGGAGGGAGCAGGAAGAAGAGGAAGGCGGCAGCACGAAGACACGCCAGCGACGGAAGCGGGGGACGGGAUCCCUGCUCUCCCCCUCCUUCUUCCUCCCUCCCCCCCCCUCCCUUCCUCCCUCCCCCGGAGGUAUCCAUCACUAACAGUAUAUUGGGCUGAAGAUGUCUAACAGCAACACAACACAGGAGACACUGGAGAUAAUGAAAGAAUCAGAAAAGAGGCUGGUUGAGGAAUCUUUGAACAAAACCAAAUUUGUAUCCAGGUCACCAAGCAAAGAGGAGCUUGAGAAGGACGGGGAGGAGAGCAUUGUACGGCAAGAAUCUCAGAGGAGAACAUCCAAUCAUGGGCAUGCUAGAAAAAGAGCCAAGUCGAAUUCAAAACUGAAACUAGUCAGGAGCCUGGCUGUAUGUGAAGAAUCCUCUAGUCCCUUUGUGGAUGGGCCUUUGGAAACCCAGGAUAUCAUACAUUUGCACAUCAGUUGCCCAUCUGACAAGGAAGAUGACAAAUCUGCAAAAGAUGGUCCUGAAAAAGAAGAAAAAGAAAAGAACAAAGAGAAGGUCCCCAAGAAAAUGUUGUCUAGAGAUUCCAGCCAGGAAUACACAGACUCCACGGGAAUAGAUUUGCAUGAAUUUUUAGUAAAUACACUGAAGAAAAACCCAAGGGAUAGGAUGAUGCUGCUAAAAUUAGAACAGGAGAUCCUGGAAUUUAUUAAUGAUAACAACAAUCAGUUCAAGAAGUUUCCUCAAAUGACCUCAUACCACAGAAUGCUUUUACACCGGGUGGCUGCCUAUUUUGGCAUGGACCACAACGUAGACCAAACGGGGAAAGCUGUCAUUAUCAACAAGACCGGUAACACAAGAAUCCCUGAGCAGAGAUUCUCUGAACACAUCAAAGAUGAGAAGAGCACUGACUUUCCACAGAGGUUUAUCCUCAAGCGAGAUGAUACCAGCAUUGAUCGAGAUGAUAAUCAGAUUAGGAUCCCCCUGCAGGAUGGACGAAGGAGCAAAUCUAUAGAAGAGCGAGAAGAGGAAUAUCAGAGGGUCAGGGAACGCAUAUUUGCACGGGAGUCGGGCCAAAAUGGAUUCCUGAAUGAAAGCAGACUCGCCAAAGAAGGCUUUUCUUCUAGCUCUCACAAAAGGCGACAGAUCUUUAGGGGUAACCGAGAUGGGCUCAGCCGGGCUUCGGGCAGCCGCCAGAGCAGCACAGAGAGUGAUAUGAAAUCCCUGGAGCCCCGGCCGUGGAGUAGCACAGACUCUGAUGGCUCGACCCGCAAUCUGCGGCCUCCGGUCACCAAAGCCAGCAGCUUCAGUGGCAUUUCCAUCUUGACACGAGGAGACAGCAUUGGUGGCAUUGGCAAAGCGAAUGGCGCCAGCAGGACUGUCAGGCCAGGUCUGUCUCUAAGUACUCCUGAAGCCUGCAGUCAAGUCUCCUCUGCUCAGCCUGGCCGAGGCCUCUUGCCGUGUGCUGCUCAGCAACCGCAGCAGCAACCGCUUCCACCCACACCGCAGCAACAGCCGGCAAUGACUAAUCACAUCAUAUCGCAGCCGGUCCCAGCAUUGCAGUCCUCUCCACAGCCAGUUCAGUACUCUCCAGGCUCCUGUCCCCAAGUCCUCCUGCCAGUCUCUCCACCCCAGCAGUACAACAUGGCUGAUGAGCUCAGCAACCCUUUUGGGCAGAUCAGCCUCAGCCGCCAAGGCUCCACUGAAGCACCUGAUCCGUCCUCCGCCAUGUUCCAGCAGCCAAUCAUGUCCCAGCAUCCUCAGCAGACAGGAUUCAUCAUGGCUUCCCCAGGGCAGCCAAUCACUGCCUCCAACUACUCUGCCUCAGGGCACACGGCGCCAGCCCAGCAGGUCCUCCAACCCCAGAGCUACAUGCAGCCUCCCCAGCAAAUUCAGGUUUCUUACUACCCUCCUGGGCAAUACCCAAACUCCAGCCAGCAGUACCGGCCUCUCUCGCACCCAGUGGCUUACAGCCCCCAGCGCAGCCAACAGCUGCCUCAACAAUCCCAGCAGCCUGGAUUACAGCCAAUCCUGUCAAACCAGCAGCAGACGUACCAAGGCGUGAUGGGAGUGCAACAACCCCAGGGUCAGAGUCUCCUCAGCAACCAGCGCAGCGGCAUGGGCAGCCAGAUGCAGGGCAUGAUGGGUGUGCAGCAGUCCCAAAGCCAGAGCCUCCUGAGCAGCCAACGAGGAAACAUGGGCAGUCAAAUGCAAGGCCUGAUGGUCCAGUACACUCCACUGCCUUCGUAUCAAGUUCCAGUGGCGAAUGACUCUCAAGGCGUGGUCCAACAACCCUUUCAGCAGCCCGUGCUGGUACCAGCAAACCAGUCUGUGCAAGGAGGGCUCCAGGCUGGAGGGAUGCCAGUCUAUUACAGUGUUAUCCCCCCAGCCCAGCAGAACGGCACCAGCCCUUCUGUUGGCUUCUUGCAGCCUCCAGGCACAGAGCAGUACCAGAUGCCCCAGUCCCCUUCUCCUUGCAGCCCACCUCAGAUGCAGCAACAGUAUUCAGGGGUGUCUCCGGCAGGGCCUGGUGUUGUGGUCAUGCAACUCAAUGUGCCCAAUGGCCCCCAGCCUCCUCAGAAUUCAUCCAUGGUGCAAUGGAACCAUUGCAAGUACUACAGCUUAGACCAGCGAAGUCAGAAGCCUGGUGACAUCUAUAGCCCAGACACCAGCGCUCAGGCCAGCAGUACCCAGCUGAAUAGCCCUAUCACAUCCCCCACACAGUCCCCUACACCAUCACCUGUCACCAGCCUCAACAGCGUCUGCACAGGUCUCAGUCCCCUUCCGGUGCUCACACAGUUCCCCCGGCCUGUGGGCCCAGCACAAGGUGACGGGCGCUAUUCCUUGCUGGGCCAGCCGCUGCAGUACAAUCUUUCCAUUUGCCCCCCACCACUCUUGCACAACCAGUCCAGCUAUACAGCACACCAGGCACAAACAGGGAUGAAGCAUGGCAACCGAAGUAAGAAGCAAGCUCUCAAGUCGGCAUCCACAGAUCUCGGGACAAAUGAUGUAGUGUUGGGCCGUAUCUUGGAAGUUACCGACCUGCCUGAAGGGAUCACGCGUACCGAGGCCGACAAGCUCUUCACCCAGUUAGCCAUGUCUGGUGCCAAAAUCCAGUGGCUCAAAGAAACUCAGGGGCGUCUUGGAGGCGGGGGCGACAAUAACCACGGGACUGCAGAGAACGGCAGGCAUUCUGACCUUGCUGCCUUAUACACCAUCGUGGCCGUCUUCCCCAGCCCUUUGGCAGCCCAAAAUGCAUCCCUGCAUCUCAACAACUCCCUUAACUGCUUCAAGUUGCGUAUGGCCAAAAAGAACUAUGACCUACGUGUGCUGGAGCGUGCCAGCUCCCAAUAGGGGCAGACAGAGGGGCAGGGGGGGCAACAAGCACAUUGGACUGGCCUCUCCAGCCUCCCCCCACCCCCCACAGUCCCUUGACCAGUCUCCUUUAGUUCUACAUGCACCUCCCCUUCUUUCUUUUUUCCUUUUUUUAAUUUUGGUGGUAGAGGGGAUAAUUUCCUGGAGAUAUUUAUAUGGACAAAAUGAAGAGAAGAGACAUUGAUUUGUUUUUGUUUUUGUUUUGUUGAGGGGGGUUCUGUUUUUUUUAAUUAUUAUUAUUUUUUGUGUGGAAGAACAUGUCCUGCCCUUUGCCCCCUCUCCGGAACACGUGUAUAUUGUUUUUGUUCAGCGUUGUGCCGCGGUACGGAGCCGUAUUUAAUUGCACAUACAGAUGUUGGCUGGGUAUAUUCACUGUACAUUUUAUUUAAUCUGGGUUUAUUAUUAUUAAUAUUAUUAUUUGGUUUUUAAAUAUAAAAUAAUCAUCUGUCACUUUAAAGGUGUUUUCUGCCUACCUCUCUUUCUCAAACUGAAUGUUGGGAAACCCAUCACAAGCAGGUAGCACUGACCAUUUUAUUACCGCAGGCAUAUGACCUUAGGAGGCAGGGCUGGAAUAUUACCUUAUAUUUGGCCUUUUGGGGGGUCGGGGGGUGGGCAGAGGGCAGGAUUAGCUGUAAGAAUAAGCUGGCACUGACCUCUUGGAUACCUGAGCAGCAGGUAAUCUAUGCUUUUAUCCCAACAUAAAAGUCAGGUAAGAUGCUCUUCGGAGAUGCUCUUUUUGCUCCUUCUUAAUGCACUUUAAUUCAGAAGAAUUACAAACAAAAUCGCAUAUGAAAGGGACACAUCAGUUAAGAUGAUAGAGUUUUUAUAUGUUGUUUAUAUAUAAUCCUAGUUUGUAUUAUGUGACAAAAUGAGGUACUUGUAAAACUAGUCCUUUUUUGUUCUCCUUCUCUUGUCCAUAGCAGCAGAAGAGUGGGUAACCUCAAAUUUUUUUAUGUAGCACUAAGUCACCACUCCCUUUGGGCUCUACUUUAGUUACAUUGGACUUAAACUCCCACUGCAUAUUGCCCUAAAAGUCUUUGAUGAAAAUUAUAGUCUAAUACUUUAGAGUGCAAUAAACUAUUAUUUUAGAUUUGCA